GUUUAUACCCACUAGUCUGUCAUUAGAAGUUCACCGAAACACCAAGAAGGAAGAAAAAGAAGAAGAAGAAGAUGACGCUGGGGCUUAUCAAUGCGAAUCCGGUGGUUCACGCCAAGAAGGAGCGGAUCGCUCGCUCGGAAGACUUCCACGGUGACGACGCUGUUGAUCCUCUUGAAAUCUACGACUUCGUGAGGGAUAUUAGAGAUCCGGAGCAUCCGUAUUCGUUAGAGCAGCUUAGUGUUCUCUCGGAGGAAUCGAUCACUGUCGAUGAGAAGUUAGGGCGUAUCCUGAUAACUUUUACUCCGACUAUUCAGCAUUGUAGUAUGGCGACUGUGAUUGGACUCUGUCUGAGAGUGAAACUUAAACAUUUCUUUCCUCCACAUUACAAGGUUGACAUCAAAGUGUCUCCAGGAUCACACGCAAAUGAAGACUCAGUUAAUAAGCAGCUAAAUGACAAAGAAAGAGUUGCAGCUGCAAUGGAAAAUCCAAAUCUGCGUCAGCUUGUAGAUGAAUGCCUUUAUUCCAGUGAGCUCUGAAUCAAAUCAAUUAUCAUCGUCCAACGGGCCAAAAUGAAGUUCAAUACACUAUUGGGUACUUCAAUUUUGAUCCAAACAAACCAUCUUCUCAUCAAAUGGGGAGGUACAUGAGUUAAUAUACCUAUCCAUUUAUUUGCUAUUUCUCCCUGUAUAUGUGAAUGAACUUAUCUGAAUUACUAAUAUAUUAUAGUUUAACGUUUCUUCUUCAAA